UUUCAAGGGGCUGGAGACCUCUCACCGAAGUUCACAUAUCUAUGAUGUAAAUGCCUACAUCUGAGGAUAGGAAGCUUGAGAAAGAAUUCACACUGGAUGAAAAUCAUUUUCUGAAGCUGGGUAUAUUCCAGGAACUGUAACCCAAAUGUUUCUCUGUCCGUGGAGAAGAUUUCACGUUUGAAAUAACUUCUACUGAAGCUAGUUGUGUCCCAUCAACAUGUUCUGGAAGUUUGAUUUGAACACAACAUCACAUGUGGACAAGCUGCUGGAUAAAGAAGAUGUGACACUUCACGAGCUGAUGGAUGAAGAUGACAUCUUACAGGAGUGCAAGGCUCAGAACCGCAAGCUGCUGGACUUCCUUUGCCAGCAGCACUGCAUGGAGGAGCUGGUCAACCUCAUCACACAUGAGCCCCCUGUGGAUAUGGAUGAGAAGGUCCGCUUCAAAUAUCCAAACACAGCCUGUGAACUGCUGACCUCGGAUGUGCCGCAGAUCAAUGACAAGCUAGGAGGGGAUGAAACUCUGCUGAAUAUCCUCUAUGACUUCUUGGAUCACGAGCCUCCUUUGAACCCUUUGCUUGCCAGUUUCUUCAGUAAGACUAUUGGGAAUCUCAUUGCAAGAAAAACGGAACAGGUGAUUGCAUUUUUAAGGAAAAAAGACAAAUUCAUUAGCCUGGUGCUAAAGCAUAUAGAUACAUCAGCCAUGAUGGACCUCCUGCUUCGUCUAAUCAGCUGUGUGGAGCCCGCGACUCUACGGCAGGAAGUACUGAAUUGGCUUAAUGAAGCAAAGAUUAUUCAGAGACUUGUGGAACUAAUCCAUUCAAGCCAGGAUGAGGACAGGCAAUCAAAUGCUUCCCAGACCCUGUGUGAUAUCAUAAGAUUGAGCAGAGACCAGAGCAAUCAACUCCAGGAUAUACCUGAGCCUGAUCCACUUCUCACAGCACUGGAAUCGCAGGAAUGUGUGGAGCAACUCCUGAAGAACAUGUUUGAUGGAGAACAGACUGAAAAUUGCAUAGUGAAUGGAACACAAGUUCUUCUAACGUUGCUGGAAACAAGGCGCUCUGGAGUGGAAGGACUGAUGGACUCGUACACUCAGGGAUUUGAAAGGUCUUACACUGUCAAUAGCAGCAUCUUGCAUGGGAUUGAACCAAGGCUAAAGGAUUUCCACCAGCUGCUGCUCAGCCCUCCCAAGAAAACAGCAAUCCUAACUACAAUUGGUGUCUUGGAGGAGCCACUGGGGAAUGCUCGUCUUCAUGGAUCUCGUCUAAUAGCUGCUCUGCUUCACACAAACACUCCCAGUAUUAAUCAGGAACUAUGCAGACUCAGUACCAUGAACUUACUACUUGACUUAUUUUUUAAAUACACAUGGAAUAACUUUUUGCAUUUCCAAGUGGAAUUGUCCAUAGCAGCUAUUCUCUCACACUCUGUGCAAGAGGGAAAAACUACUACUAAUGACCUAGAAAGCAAAGAAGAGGUGCUGAAUGGAAAUGUGGCCACAGAGAGCUUAGAGACUCCAGAAAACAAUACCGAGAAUAUCAUGGUUACGCAUCUGUUCCAGAAAUGCUGCCUAGUGCAAAGGAUACUGGAUGCCUGGGAAGCCAAUGACAAAAUACAGGCAGAAGGUGGAAUGAGGCGAGGCAAUAUGGGCCACCUCACCCGGAUAGCCAAUGCUGUAGUACAGAAUAUGGAGAAGGGCCCCAUGCAGACUCAAAUUAGUGAGUUCAUUAAAGAGCUACCCGAAGAUUGUAGAGGGAGAUGGGAGAGUUUUGUAGAAGAGACGCUGACGGAAACAAACAGGAGGAAUACAGUGGAUUUGGUGAGCACUCACCAUCUGCACUCUUCCAGUGAGGAUGAAGACAUAGAGAGUGCUUUUCCCAAUGAACUUUCUCUCCAACAGGCCUUCUCUGAGUACCAGAUCCAGCAGAUGACAGCUAACUUUGUGGAUCAGUUUGGCUUUAACGAUGAGGAGUUUGCAGACCAGGAUGAUAAUAUCAAUGCUCCCUUUGACAGGAUCGCAGAGAUAAACUUCAACAUAGAUGCUGAUGAUGACAGUCCCAAUGCUUCCCUCUUUGAAGCCUGCUGCAAUGAACGGAUCCAACAAUUUGAUGAUAACGAGGAGGAAGAAGAUAUCUGGGAAGAGAAGGAGAUAACCUAUGCAACCCAAGUUAAAUCAAGAACACGAUUUGGAGCGUCUCAGACCUCAGAGAGUUCAUCAAAAAGUGAUCUUGAGAAUGGAGAUCAUGAUGGUAGUGUGGACUCCGAAGAAGAGGAGGAAAUAGAACAGCAACCACGUCCUUCCUCAGCAAACAACAACAAGAAUAAUAUUUCUGAGCAGAAAGACUCUGACUCCUCUGAAGGGUCUGGAUGGACAGCUGUGUUCGAGCCCGUGAACUCGAAGCCCCCCGCACCCUGUGUUGCCAUGGAUGUUGGAUCGAGUGUAUGGGAUUCAGCAGCCCCAGAGAACACCACGCCAGAGGAGAAAGGAUGGGCAAAGUUCACAGACUUCCAGCCUUUCUGUUGCUCAGAAUCAGGUCCACGAUGCAGUUCUCCUGUCGACACAGAAAGCAAUGAUUCAGAUGGAAACCCGAAGCAGAGUCAGGACAAGAACUUCAGCACUGCCUCUCCCUGUGUUUGGAACGUCUGUGUCACGAGGAAAGCGCCGCUGGUGGCCUCAGACAGCAGCUCUUCUGGAGGCUCCGACAGCGACGAGGAGGAGGAUAAAGCUGAUAUCGUCACAGAAACCAUCAGCACAGGCUCGGGCCAGGAAACCAUCAAGCUGACUAUGGAUGCUAAAAACGAGAAGGCUGUUUUCACCAGAGUAUUUAGACCUGCAGUCAGAGGUGAUGCAGACUGCAUGGUUAUUGAUAAGCUGGCCAUCACUGACAUUGGAAUGACAAAAGCAUCCAAACCCCUGAACAACGUGGCCCAGCACUCAGAGGAGCGCCAGAACACCGCCGCUGUUGUCACAGCUGUCACGGAAACGGCCACAAAAGACAGGAAAGAAGAAGUCUUGCCCUGUGCUGAAGCCACAUUAAAUGGCCCUGCUUGAUGAAACAGAUGCAAUGGGACGUGUGUGAUCCAGGCCAGGCUGCUACCUGGUGAUGCAAUUUGUCAAUUUUUUUUUUUUUUUUUCAUUUUAAUUUUUUUUUUUAAUAAAUGCUGCAUUGAUGAGAGAGCUGGCAUUCAGGACCAGACACGCAGUUUCAACACCAACAAUCUGUUCUGAAAGACACUUGCAUUGUCUAAAUGUAGCAUUGAUCAGUUAGUCAUCACAGGAAUGAUGGGGUUCUUCCCAAGCAAGCCUUCUGCCUAAUUUUAGUUCCUUGUCCCCUUCCCUCUCUCCCUUGUUUUUGUUUUGUAUUUGGGGUUCAGUCCUGUUUUCUUAGUGUUAUUGCACACAGUAUUCAGCUUCUCUUCAGAAAGGUAGCAGGUCUAACGCUGGGACUUGGACAGUGCACAAGAGUCCCGCAGUCGUGUGACCAAAGUUCCUGAUGGAGCUGUCUUUGGGCAGCAUUUGCACCGCUUUUGUAUAGCAAUAAAGCCUUAUCAGAAACAUUUCAUAGGAGGAAAAGAUGCAAACACUUUAAAUGGGAUGAAGCAGGGAGGGAUUUUAUUUUACAUUUUUGUGGGGCGGGAGGGAAGUCAUUGACAUUGUCCCAAACAAGAGGCCAAGUAGCUAGCUUGCUGUAAUGCUGAACUGUCUUGAGAAAUGGGAAUUUUCUGCAUUCCAGUGAAUUGCUCAGCGCUCUCUGCUCUGGAGACGUGACAGUUCACUGCAGGAUCUCGGGUCAGUUAGCAAUUGGCCUCUUCUGUCCGAGCCAUCAAAACUCAACUUCCCGGAUGUCGUCCUCCGUUGGCUGGAGAGUAUGCAAAGAAGGUAGCAUGUUGUUUGCCAGCUAAGAGGAUAAUGAUCCACUGGACUGCUGCCGUGCAGGAACGAGAGCAGAUAUGGCACAAACAGGUUAUCAGGUGUUUGCUGGCUUUUUGGAGACUUAAUGUAUUUUCAAAUUAUUAUGGAAAUCCUUUUCUGUUUGUUUUGUUCUGUUUUUAAAGUUUUUAAUGGAUGCAGGAACAGCAACACUUUUGCACUUUGUACCUAGUGACAACAUUGGAGAGUGAAAUGGCCCCAGCACAGGACUCCUCCUGUUACUCCCCAGGUAGUUGGUCAUGGAGAAGUUUGGGCGGGGGGGACACACACAUACCACUGCCUUGGGAUAGUAGAGUAAAACAGUAUGGAGAAAUGGACUGCGCUUCAAACUGCCUGGGAGCAAGGUCAGCUGAAGGUGUGUACUUGACUCUGGAACACAGGAUCUUCUGCGUAGGCUGAAGGACCUAGUCCUGUAAAGACUGUACCAGUUUCAGACACAGGUCUGCACUGAGUGGUGCUGGCCUCUGCUUUGAGCUUGUUCCCAGGCUGGAGUUGUGCACAUAGAUCAUACGGGUGUAGAUGUUGGGCCACUUGCAGAAGCAGGCUCGGGCUGGUAACAGCAGAUUGCCACGACCAGUGCUCCAGUGCUUAUUCUCUACCCCUGUAGUCUAGAUACAGAGCUGGGCCUGCUUUUGUGUGUAAGCUGUAUGCUGAAAUCCACCUGUCAAAUGUUAAAUGCCGCUUAUUUUAUUAGUCCAAGACCUAAGCUGGAAAAUCAUUCACUUUGGAAUAAAAGCAUGAAGCUUGACACAUAGGUAGCCAAAUGGCUUAUUUUCAGAUAUAUUCUCACUUGUGCAUAACGAGGGACUUUACCCUGUGAGUAUGAAAAAGUACCUCACACAGAUCUGUUGUUAUGAGCAAAGGCAUCCUAGCCAGACUUCAGUCUUUUUAAAAAUACUUUAUUUUUAACUGUGAUAUGUAUGUAGUGCAUAUGAAAUUUUCUUAACUGUAUUGAGAGGUGGUGUGGGGGGUGGGGAGUGAGAUGAACAAAACGUUUUCACUGUUAGAGUCAGUCUGUUCUGCUGGAUCAGUAUCCGACGGUGAUGUACCCGCAGCACAAGGUUAUCCUUGUGUGCCCAAAGAUAACAUAUUUUCAUUUUUGCUCUUAGGGAAAAUUGAGGAUUUGCUUUGCUGGAAUACCAGAUAUGGAGGUUGCAGUGCAGAAAGCAGGAUGAGAUUGCUGUGUGCAUCUUGGAAGUUGUGUGCUAGGGUUGUGGGCCACUUGUAUGCUGCUGACAUAGCUGUGAUAUCUCUCAGCUGCAAUUACUCGGUAAGCAGGUGCUUUCGUGGCACAGUACUGUUGUUCUGGAAGUCUUCUCACUCACUCCUUGUAAUUUAAAAUAAAUAAUUUAAAGUUACAUUGCGCUGGGAGGGAAAAUCUCACUUUCUGCUUUGGUUACCCUGCUUGCUAUUUGGAGAUCGAUUGCACUCUUAGCCAGGAUUAUCAGAAAUGAUUAGUGGGUUUGAGUUCCUAAUUGGAGACACAUUAAAGUCUUAACUUUCAGAGGAUUGGUGCUAGAGGUUUUCUGAAAAAUCAGGUUCUCUUCGGGCAUUCUUUAAACACCCAGAAAUGAUACUAUGAAAACUGAAAAAUCAUUCAUCUAAUACAACAGCGAUGCAGCCUAUUCCAGCAACUGGUUGAAGACCAUGACUGGGCUUCAGUCCCAUUAAAUACCAGGUGAUGGCAAUAGUUCUCUUCCAGUCUGUUCUCAUUCAUGGUUCUUGACCAUGGUGCUUGCGGGUUCCACCAUGCUACAAUUAUGACCAAGUCUGUGUAGGAUCGAGAGAUUAAGGGGAAAUGUCCCUAGCAGGCACAAUUUGAUCAUCCUUCUGGCUUGAUACCUUUUCAGCCACCUUGUUAAACAGAUAAAUGAUCUUUGCAUUAGGUUACAUCAUAGACAGGGGUCACCUUACAUCACCUCGAGCUGUCCUGGCCGAUGUUGCAAGAAUACCGAUUAGCUGUACCCGCCUGAUCUGUUCGUGAAGCCUUGGUUUGGGGAGCAGUAACCUCCACUGGAAAAGUGGUACGGAACAGCUGGCAGCAAUAACGUCCUAAAACGUUUCGGAGAGAUAUGCAAGGACGUGUCUGUCUGUGCCUUUCGUUGCAGAUUCUGAACUUGUCAUUCAUUAGCUUUUGGCUUUGAGUCUAUAAAUGUAAAUGAAAGCUUUAAUAAUGUAUUUAAACAUAUCCAGUAAGCAGAUCUAAAAAUACAGUUUAGUUACUGAGGGGUUCGUUAUCUAAGUUUAUUAAUUUGAUUACUUGUGUCCAGUUACUUUUGUGAUAAGACAUUUUACUGGUAGUUAAAUAGAUUUGUAGAAAUGCACAAGCUCUCUUGCUUUUGUGACAGUGAAUGAUUCCUCCACAUUUGGGAUUUAAGCUCUGAAUUAUACCUCAUUGCUGCCACACCAGCCAACAAGCUGAUCUAGAAAAAGUUCCUCAUCCUUGGUAUGUUGGAGUUUGCAGUUCAGAACAGAUCCAGAGUCAGAUGAUGGUUCCCUUGCCUGGCUCAAAUAAUUUUAUAGGUAAACCGUGCGUAAAUUUCUUUCUCGUUGUAAGUCUGAGCUUCCCAUCUAUCUGGAGUCACAGUGGGUAUGUAGAGGUUGGAGGGUCCCACUGCCUGUAGUCUGUGGCCUCUCUCGGUCCCCGUUGUUGUCUGAGCUUUCUUUCUCGCCGUCCCAGACCACUGCCCAAAGCCCUGCAGGGCAGCUGGGCUCUGUGACUGCUUUCUGUUUUCGGGUGACUGUAAGGCAUAGCAUGCAGUGACUUGAGCCCUUUCCACGGGUCAGGCCGUGCCACGUGCAGUGCCAGCACUGUGUCCCCGUGGCGGUUGUUCAUGGUGGCAUCUCGGGGCACGCUGACUGCUGGAGAGCUGUGUUGCCUUCUCACCAAGUAAGCCGUGUGCUCUAGGGAAGGACUGUUACCCAAGGUCGGAGCAGAUUGUAUUGUCUACUGAAAAUGGAUUUACUUAACCCAGCUGUACCCUUUAAAAAACUGCUCGGCUUGCUUAGAUACUUGGUCAGAAAGCAAUGAAGACUAACCAGAAGUUAUAUUCAGCACUGUUCUUCCUCAUUUAUGUGCAGUAUUUUGAAUCUGUCCAUAUCAAUAUGGUAUAUAUAAUUUUAGGUUUGAAUAUGUAUACUGAUGAGUGUGUAUAUAGAUAUAUAUUUGCAAUAUGUAUUAUUCCGUGUAUAUUUAUACACACACAGUUGGAUAUUGUGAGAAACCUGGUGAAGCAGAGACUCAGAGCUCAAUGAGCCUAACUUUUAUAUCUAUGUACAGCUCCAUGAUCAAUAGCAAGUCAUUGACAAACAUUCGUUGUACAAGACCAAAACCAGCAAGGCAUACCUUACUGGGGGGAAAGUGGUUCUGCUAGAACAUUCUAGUUCAAUGGUUUUGCCCAGCUGGGCAUUGAUAGGGUGGAUUACAAGAGAGCAGCGGCUUGUCCAGUGAUCCCGCUGUUGUUCCUGGUGUCCCUGCUGCUGCAGAGCCUUGCCCACGUGCUUUCACGCUGGGAGAGGAGGGGGCCUUUUCUGCACAGUUAGCAGUUAAAAAGUAAUCAGUUCAGCCGAUGCUAAAUAAUUCUUGAAUCGUAGCACACUUGUCUCUGGCUGGUUGGAUUGUGGGGAAAAACAUGCUCCUUUGGAUGAUACGGCUGUUCAGGAGUCCUGACUGUUGACUGUGCAA